CGCCUCUUGCGGCCGGCGACCUCGCGGCGACGAUGCAGCUCGAGGCGGAGGAGGAGCUGCGGUACGUGCGGCUUGCGAUCGAGGAGCUGUCCCGCCGGCUGACGGCGUGGGCCGCGCCACCCGAGGAGCACAAGCGGCGCGAGGAGCGAAACAGCCGUUCCCCGCGCGUCUCUGGCUCCGGCGUGUCGGAGAGCGAGGGAGAGGGCGAGGGCGAGGGCGAGGGCGAGGGGCCGCACGCGCUGCAGGAGGCGAGCGGCAGCGCGACGUUUGCAGACCCGCUCAGCGCGCGGAUGCUGCUGCAGCAGUUUGGGUCGUGGAGGGCGGUGCCGGAGGAGGUGGGGGCGACAGUCACAGAGGUGCGUGCGGUGCGGCAGGAUGAGGCGACCCGGCGGCGGUACAAGGGGACGGCGCACUUGCCAGACGGCGCCGCGUCCCGUCUCUCGCCCGUCGCUCAUUAUUGGAGGACGUAGUCUCACAGCAGUUGUUUUAGCUCUGUUGUUCUAGGCGCCACAGUUUGGCUAGAAACCAUCGGUUAUUCAGUGCGUAGUGCUCGUCAAUCACCAUCGUUAUUAACAGGCGCCACACUUUGGCUCGCCCCUCACCGUGUUCACAAGUAUCAUAGUUCAUCACCAUCGUUAUUAACAGGCGCC